AUGCCGCAAGCACUUGACACCCCGCCCCGCCGCCCCCGUAUUGCCGUCACACUAGGCGACACAUCAGGCAUUGGCCCAGAAUUAAUCGCAAAGCUGCUCAGUAACCCAAAAAAUCACCAACGAGCUGAUAUUGUUCUCCUCGCAGACGAAACCGAGUUUCAAUCCGCAGUUUCCGACGCAGGAGGAGUUCACGUCGCCAUCUCUACGGGUCCAGCUGGCCCAAAUGCCAUUCGAAUCUUCGAUGACAACAGCGUCGCACAAUACCCCUCGAUCCAGGGGGAGAUCUCUCAGGCCAGUGGGGCACGCAGCAUUCACCAACUCAAACGGGCAUUGAGCAUGGUUCAAGCCGGAGAGAUCGAUGCGAUCGUCUUUGCUCCGUUGAAUAAGAGUUCCCUGAAACUUGCGGGUAUGACCGAGGAGGAUGAGCUCCGUUGGUUCGCCAAUCAAUUGGACUUCAAGGGGACGACUAGCGAGAUCAAUAUCGCUGGUCCGUUGUGGACCGGUCGAGUCACGAGUCAUAUUGGACUCGAAAUGGUCGCAGAGCGGAUUACCAAGGAGUCAACGUUGAAAGCGAUCGAGCUUGUACACCGAUUGAGAUGGGAAUCCGGGAUCGAGUGCCCCCGACUCGGCGUAUGCGCAUUGAACCCCCACAACGGCGAAAACGGCGCCUUUGGACGACAAGAAAUAGAUCAUAUCCGACCAGCAGUAGAUGCCGCUCGGCAACGCGGGAUUGACGUGCAGGGCCCAUUCCCCUGCGACACCAUCUUCCUGAAGAGGGAGCAUUUUGACGGUAUUUUGACAAUGUAUCAUGAUCAGGGACAGAUUGCCAUGAAACUACUAUCCUUCAAUGGAGGGGUAACAGUACAGGGUGGACUUCCUAUCCCAGUUGCCACGCCAGCUCAUGGGACAGCUUUUGAUAUUGCCGGGAAAAAUCUGGCAGUUGUCACUAGUACCCAAAAUGCAUUUGAUGUGGCAGUCACUAUGGUGGAGAGGAGGGUAUUGAAAGAGACGCGUGUUGAUAUUGACACUAUUCCUGUCAAGACCGGGUUGUUGUCAAUGGCUCCUACUGUGGAGGUGCGGUCGUGUUGUUGA